AUGCCUGCCCUCACAAAAGCGCAGCGGAAGCAGGUUGAGGCAGCAGAGGAAGCGUUCAACCGCACAUACGCUGUCCAGUUCGACCAGGAAAGAUGGCAGCAGACCCUGUACCCAGCCCUGAUGGCCCCCACGCGAUAUGCCACCCUCAUCAAUCGCUAUGCAACACCUGGCAGGCCUGACGUGUUCACCGAAGACGAGAACAAAGCUAUGGAAACAGUCAAUCUCCCGGGUCGCACGGAUCAGUCCAGCGAACGCUCAUUCGUGUCCUAUCAAUGGUGUACGGCAGAAGCCGACAAGACGUUCCCACCGCCCCAGGCCGAUCCUUCAACGCGGCUCAUGACGCAUUGGAACCUGGAUGCAGCCUCUCUACUCGCAGUUCACAUCCUUGGUCCCAAGCCGGGAGACAAGCUGCUCGACUUUUGCGCAGCUCCGGGCGGGAAAAGUGUAGCACUGGCACAGAUGUUGCGGCCCGAAGGCUUCGACGGGGCGUCGCCCUCUUUAGCGGGUGGUUGUCUUCACAGCAAUGAGCUCAACAAUGCACGCAACAAGCGCCUUACUUCCAACUUGCAGUCAUAUCUCCCCGAGGCCCUCUUCAAGACUGGCGAGGUGAAGGUCCUGAAGCUUGAUGGUACAGAAGCCAGCGCCGCGCAGUCGCUUUCUCUAGGGCCUGGCGGAUACGACAAAGUCCUCCUGGACGCCCCCUGCUCGAGCGAACGGCAUGUCAUCCACGCCAACGCGAAGGCCAGGCAAGGCGGUAGGGUGGCCGAUGAGAUGGCCUCCUGGCGGUCGGGGCAGUCGAAGAAGAUGGCCAAGACCCAGGCGGCGCUACUGAUGACCGCCCUCAAAGCUGUCCGGGUUGGCGGCAGUGUGCUCUAUGCGACGUGCUCGCUGAGUAACGAAGAGAAUGACGGCGUGGUAGAAAAGGGCAUCGAACUGGUCGGGAAAGAGCGCAAGAAGUUCGGGAUCAGGUGGAAUCUUGCCGUGCGGAGCGGCGAUUUAGCUGGCCGUGGGCUGGAGCAAUGGGCCGAAGCCACGAAACACGGGUGGAUGGUUUUACCCGACCAUCCCUCGGGCGGGAAAUGGGGUCCGCUAUUCUUUGCUCUGCUCGAGAAGGUCGCUGUUUGA